GUGUUUAAUUAAUAAUGAAGGUUAUCGUUCUGUGUAUUGUAUUAGUUACACCCCUUGUGGUGGCUCAGCAACGGAGCUAUGAAGGAUACAGUGUUUACAAAUUAACUCCAAAAACAGAAGAUGACGUAGAAGUUGUGAAAAGACUCCAGCUGGUCGGAGAAUUUUGGGAAGACCAAUUCUAUAUUGACUACCAACUCAGAAUAAUGGUUCCCGCUUAUAAUAAAAUAAGAUUCCUUGAUAUUGUCAAGGAAUCCAAGAUGGAGGUCAUAGAGAUUAUAACGGACUUACAACAAACGAUCGAAGAGCAACUACGACCAGCAGCAAGGAGUUUAAGAUCUGAUGAAACGUAUUUGUCAAUGAACUGGAAUCAGUACCACAAUCUCGAGGACACUUACAAAUGGUUGGACGAAGUCCAAAGAAACAACCCCAGUGUAGUGACCACUGUGGUGAUGGGACGCUCGGUUGAAGGAAGAGAAAUAAAAGGUCUUAAAAUAAACUUCAGGAACAAAACUAAUCCGGUCAUAGGUUUUCUGACUGGAACACUCCAUACCAGAGAAUGGAUUACUCCCUCCACUCUGACGUGGAUCAUUAAGGAGUUCCUGACGUCGAACAACAGAGACAUCAGGGCUUUGGCUGAAAACAUUGAAUGGCAUAUUUUUCCGAUUGUCAACCCUGAUGGUUACGUCUACACAUUUACAACGAACAGAAUGUGGAGGAAGAACCGCAGUAGGUUUGAUUCGAAGUCCUGUUCUCAUAUGAACGCUAGUGACGACAUGAGCAACGGAGUCGACCUAAAUAGAAACUUCGACUUCGUUUGGAUGGGUUCGGGAUCUUCAAACGAUUCCUGUGCCAUCACCUAUGCCGGUCCAACAGCCUUCUCUGAACCAGAAACCAGAGCCAUAAGUAACUACGCCCUACGUUUGAACGCAAAAGGACAACUCCUUUACUACAUUGACUUUCAUUCGUACACUCAACUGAUAUUAGUACCUUACAGUCAUCUGCCAGAGAGCGAGGUCCACACUGUGGAAAACUACGAUGACAUGUAUAAAGUAGCGCUUUCAGCGGCAGACAAAAUUCGUGAAAGAAACGGUACCGUCUACCGAGCGGGAAUAUCGUCUGUGGUCAUGUAUCCAAUGACUGGUACCAGCUUCGAUUGGGUCAAGAAUAACACGAAAGUGUCGUUCAGCUUUCUCAUCGAGCUCAGAGACCUCGGACAGUACGGCUUCCUGUUGCCUGCGGAACAGAUCAUACCCAACAGCCUGGAGACCAUGGACGGACUCAUUGAGAUGGACAAGACAGUUCAACUCCUUGGAUACUACUCGUCUGGUCCAUCCAACUUUACACCUUCUCUCGGUAUCAUAUUGUGUGCUUUUGUUUUGAUUUAUUGAUGUAUAAAAGUGUUCGUAUUACCUAAUAUUGUUUUGUUUUCGAUACACAGUUAGGUACAUCAUCAUUCAGGUACUAGCUCCUUUCCUUUUCUUAUGGUAGGCACAAAAUUCUUUUCUCUUAAUCACUUCCUCUCAUAACAUAACAAAGAAAUCGACGGCCAAAUUUUUUUUUUCCUGGGAAGGCCCUAAAUUGGUCGCCGUCUUAGUCACCACCUAUUCCGGCUUGUUGUGUACACUACUUUUACUUUGUAAAUAUGCAAACUAUAUUUACACUAUCUGCAGAAGUAUAAAUAAAGAAGUAUAGAUGUAUAAUCUUAUAACUAAAUAAUCUCAUCACUAACUUGAGCCUUAACUUAGAACUAAUUCGUUUAUAUUUACAUCUAUAUAUAAUGAUAUCCCUAUACGCACGGCCCUCGACAGCAGGGCUCGUGCUUUGCUUAUAUUUUUCUUUUGUGCCUUCUGUCAGAUUAUCUGCUGUUUCGUGACUGUUGACGCGCUGUUUCGUCAAUAUGUGAUUAAAACUAUAUUAUACAUACAGAGGUACGUUGGGUUUUGCCUUUAUCUAUCACCAUAAACACCAACGAUUUCGGUCAUUACGCUACCAGUUGUAUAAUGAUCCCAGAUGGACGAUGGUCGCGACAGUUGAAUAUGAGUCGGAUGCUGUAUCAUUGAGGGAAGUGGGAUCUGAAGACGGCCGCUCUUCACAGUCAGUAGGUUGGCCCCAUAAGUGGGCUACCACUCAUGAAAGGCUACCCGCCUACGGUUGGCUGGUUCCCGGCUGGAGACCGUGUGAGAGGACCCGACGAUGGCAAUCAAUACCCAGCUCACCUUUUAGUUCUCAAUCUGUCUAUUAAAGUAAAAAUUAACAUAUAAUACCUUUUUAAAUGACUUCAAAAGAAAAAUUAAAUUUAAUGAAAUAUCUGACACAAUUAUGGAAUAGUUUUGGAAUAAAUUUUUUAUAGCUUGUUUAGUAAAAAAGAUUAAGAAAAUUAGUUGAUGAAUAUCAAAACUCCUUCUUAAAUCUCUAAGUAGAUCUUCGCAGAGGUAAACUUACUUUUAAUUUUGACAACUUCAAAGUGCCAGGUUUUCUUCUUACGAAAAAACGAUGUGACAGGAGAACAAAAGAUUUAGAUCCAUCAUGACAGAAGGUAAAUGAACAGUGAAAUUAAGAAAAACACAAUAAAAACACAAUGCAGUUGUCUGAUACAUGGAAAACGUGCAAGUAAUAUCCUAGACAGCUCACAUAAAUAUGAAGAAUCUGGAAAUCGGAGUCUGGUGGUUGCUCGGUCUUUUAAUGCAGGUGGUGAGCGCCCUCGCCUGUAAGCGGAAGUCGUCGUGCCGGCCGCCGCGCUGUCCCGGCGGCUGUAAACCCAAGUAUUGGUGAAUACUGUACAGCAGUCGUUGAAGAUGUUGUCGCUGGUUGGUGGGAGCUGGUGGUGGGUGGUGUGGCUGGUGGUGUUUGUGGUGGACUCGGCCCUCGGCUGUAAGAAGAAGACCAUCUGCCGUCCACCGCCGGGAGGCAAGUCUGGUUGCGGAGGACGAGGGUAGAUAGAUUCCUUGAUGUUGAACUCCAGACAGCUGCCAGAACAUGACACGAGACGUCCAAAUGUGUGAAAAUUCAAUAAAACAAUAUACAUUUUGAAA